AUGUCUUCCGUGGAUCAAGCCGUUGUAAAAAUGGACACAACAACAACAAGCAAAGAGACAUCAAAUCUUCCGUGGAUUGAAAAGUACCGUCCCAAGAAACUGGAUGAUCUCAUUUCUCACAAAGACAUCAUCAACACAAUCAGUAAGUUUGUGAAAGAAGACCGACUUCCACACUUAUUGUUUUAUGGGCCUCCAGGAACUGGAAAGACGAGUACAAUUCUUGCUGUGGCUAGGCAGAUUUACUCACCAAAGGAAUUUGGAUCCAUGGUCCUUGAACUCAAUGCUUCCGAUGAUCGAGGUAUUGGGAUAGUCCGACAAAAUAUCUUGAGUUUUGCAAGCACCAGAACAAUUUUCAAAUCUGGUUUCAAGUUGGUCAUCCUUGAUGAAGCAGAUGCAAUGACACAGGAUGCUCAAAAUGCUCUUAGAAGAGUGAUAGAAAAAUUCACAGAGAACACUCGCUUUUGCAUCAUUUGCAAUUACCUGUCCAAGAUUAUUCCUGCCUUACAGUCUCGUUGUACCCGAUUUCGGUUUGGUCCUCUGAGUAAGGAUCAGAUGAUACCUCGAUUAAAACACGUCAUUGAAGAAGAAGGAGUGACUAUUACACCUGAGGGAAUGAAUGCCAUUGUCACGUUAGCGUGUGGAGAUAUGAGACAGUCUCUUAAUAUUCUACAGAGUGCUUCAAUGGCUUUUGACAAUGUGACGGAAGAUAAUGUUUACAUAUGUGUGGGUCAUCCAUUACGCAAAGAUAUAGAGAAUAUAAUACAGUGGCUGCUGAAUACCAGCUUUCAUGAAGCAUACAACAUAUUGGUAACUAAGAUUAUCUCUGCCAUUGCCUGUAAAUUCACAUUUUCUCCUACAUCCUGUACCUUCUCACCUCCUUCCACAUCCUGUACCUUCUCACCUUCUUCCACAUCCUGUACCUUCUCACCUCCUCCACAUCCUGUACCUUCUCACCUCCUUCUCCCUCCUCAUCCCUGCUCUGUACCUUCUCACCUCCUUCCACAUCCUGUACCUUCUCAUCUCCUUCUGCGCUCUGUACCUUCUCACCUCCCUCCACAUCCUGUACCUUCUCAUCUCCUUCCGCGCUCUGUACCUUCUCACCUCCCUCCACAUCCUGUACCUUCUCAUCCUCCUUCUCAUCUCCUUGUUUGUACCUUCUCACCUCCCUCCACAUCCUGUACCUUCUCACCACCCUUCCAUCCUGUACCUUUCUCAUCUCCUUCGCGCUCUGUACCUUCCUCACCUCCCUCCACAUCCUGUACCUUCUCACCUCCUUCCGCGCUCUGUACCUUCUCACCUCCCCUCCACAUCCUGUACCUUCUCAUCUCCUUCCACAUCCUGAAACCUUCUCAUCUCCCUCCACAUCCUGUACCUUCUCACCUCCCUCCACAUCCUGUACCUUUCACCUCCUUCCGCUCUCUCUGUACCUUCUCACCUCCCUUCCCAUCCUGUACCUUUCUCAUCUCCUUCUUGCGCUCUGUGCCUUCUCACCUCCCUCCACAUCCUGUACCUUCUCAUCUCCUCCUUCUGUAUAUUUCUCUCACCUCCCUUCCUCUGUACACCUCAUCUCCUUCAUCCUGUACCUUCUCACCUCCCUCCACAUCCUGUACCUUCUCAUCUCCUUCCGCGCUCUGUACCUUCUCACCUCCCUCCACAUCCUGUACCUUCUCACCUCCUUCCGCGCUCUGUACCUUCUCAUCUCCUUCCGCGCUCUGUACCUUCUCACCUCCCUCCACAUCCUGUACCUUCUCACCUCCUUCCGCGCUCUGUACCUUCUCACCUCCCUCCACAUCCUGUACCUUCUCAUCUCCUUCCGCGCUCUGUGCCUUCUCAUCUCCUUCCACAUCCUUUGAUUUCCCAAUCCAUGUGCGAAUUGAUUUGCUGAUAAAAAUGGCUGAGGCAGAAUUUCGUCUUAUGUCAGGCACAAAUGAAAAGAUCCAGCUCGGUUCAUUGGUCUCUGCCUUCCAAAUUGCCAGAGAUUUAACAGUCAAAGAAGCAUCUUAA